UCCUAAUCAUUCAUCCAUGCCUAAUCCUAAUCACUCCUUGCGAGAACACCUAUCACUUCAGAGGACUGCACGUUUAGAAUUGAAAUUGAAAACAUUUUAUCACAAUAUCUUGUCUGUCUUCAUCCUCAUCCAGUAGUAGUGCAUUAGUGCAUAAAUGGUAAUAAUAAUUGUACUCAUAUCAUCAUUUUGUUCCGUUCGGUGACUUCUCAAUACGAGUUUGUCUUGGCUAUGCAAUCAUCAACAGACUGUGUGAACGAUUAAGAGUCCAACCAAAAAUAAAUGAAUAAUGCAAGCGGGAGAGCUUGGGUGUGGUAGAGCAAAAUAAUAUUAGAGAUCCUUGCACUACGACUGCUCCUAACUACUGCUCACAAACUGCUGAAAUUCUGGUAGCUGUAUGAACUCUGGCUGAGAUAAUAAAAUCAUGAAAUACUCAGAGCUGAAGGUCUCAGGCCAACCGCAAAAAGAAGGGAAUCCAGCAUCAUCAGUUCUAGAUCAUGAGGUUUUGAAGUACUCUUUCGUGUCUCCUUUUGGUGUGAAACAGAGGCUGAGAGAACUACGUCUCAUCUCCAGUCACAUAAAAAAUGAAUUACCAUGGUUGAUCCUUGCGCUAGAGUGCCUAGAUUUUACAACUUUAGCAGGAGAUGACACUCCUGUCAAUGUCAGGAACCUGUGCCGCAAAGCCUCUCACCCUUUAUCCAGCUUUGCUACUCAUAAGUGGAUGAAUGAUCUACACUGGAAACGAGUUGCAGCUGUCUGCGUUUAUCCUCAGAGAGUUCCCGACGCAGUUCAGUUCUUUAAGGAGUGCUCAAUCAAAAAUGUGGGGGUUGCUUCUGUGGCAACUGGAUUUCCAACUGGCCAAUAUCCACUUGAGUCAAGACUACUGGAAAUCAAAUAUGCAGUGGAGCAAGGUGCCACUGAGAUUGAUGUGGUCAUCAGUCGAUGUCUCGUUCUAACAGAUCAGUGGGAUGCCCUGUACCAUGAAAUAUCAGAGAUGAAGAAAGCUUGUGGUGAUGCUCACAUGAAAACAAUCCUGGCUGUUGGAGAAUGUGAUUCUUAUGAGAAUAUUUACAAAGCCUCGCUAAUUGCAGCUCUAGCAGGUUCUGAUUUCAUCAAAACAUCCACUGGUAAAGAGACCGUUAAUGCCACUCUUGAUGUUGGAAUCAUCAUGUGUAGAGCCAUCCGAACAAUCUAUGAAGUGACAGGAAAAAAGAUUGGAUUCAAGCCAGCAGGAGGGAUCAAGACUUCCAAAGAUGCGAUUGAGUGGCUUUCAUUAGUCAAAUGUGAACUAGGAGACGAGUGGCUAAAUCCCUCGUUGUUCCGAAUUGGAGCUUCAAGUGUUUUAGAUGAUAUUGUCACCUCUAUCAUACACAGAGCCAGACCGCCCGCUGUUGAAAUCAUCUAGCCGCCUCCGCCGCCGCCGCCUCCUCCCCUCUCCCAGCCGUAAGGUGUGCGCAUGAAAGGACAAUGAGCAAUGCAUGUGAAAUUUACACUUUUAUUCAGUGAGAAUAAAUUGCACAUUCUUGCUGAAAAAUGUCGCAAACAAACAUUUUAGAUUAAAAAAUAAUUCCCCAUGAAAUUAGGAUUUAUGACACGAUAAGACAAAAAUGAAAAGUAAAAUGAUGAACUAUAAAUGAAACAUGGUAAGAAUUUGAAUGAAAUACUAAUUUUUCUGAAAAACUUACAAAUCAAUUUAGAUGAGAAGAGAGAAAAUUUGUAGGGUAGAAAAUCAAAGGAGGCCUCCUAGAUUUUUUACUGAUUGUGAGCUUUUGAACUCUCUAGAAAUUCCUCUUCCUUAGCGUGGAGCGAGCAAACUCUUUGAUGAUGUCCUUAAAGUUUAACUACACAGUGAUGUCAGGUUUAAUGGAUAGCAUGGCGACAUUCACAAGCCUUUUCUUUGGUUGAGAUGUUCUCAAAUAAUUGUGCAACUGCCCGUAAAUUUGUAUCAUUAGUUCAGGCAGAAGAUUUAGGGGUAAUGUUUAGUUUAAAUUACCACCACAAAAUAAUUUUCUCAGCAUAAGCAUUUGAUUAACAGCAAUCAAAAGGCACCAUCCUGAGAAAGAGUGUAUAAGCAUUAGCUGAAUCAAAUGUUCCCUCUCAGGGUGAUAUUGCAACUAAAACUAUAAUGGUUGCAAAAUAUAUGGAAAUAUAUGGAAUGAUUGCAAAAUAUUUUAAGAAUCGUAAAUAAAUAUAUUUAAUGUAAUUCGAAGUUAUACAGCUGUGAUUCAGUUGAUACGUGAUAAAAAUGUUUCAGUCACAAAACAUGGUGCUUUUGUGUACAGGCGAGUACUUUUCCAUGAAAUUGUGAUCUUUUUCGAAAAGACUAAAAUAGACUGAUAUGAAAGAUGAAAAUCUUAUUUUUACUGAGAGCAUUUGUUCACUAUUUUUGUAAAAAAUACAUUUUUUGUUCAAUA